AUUAAUUUCCCAAAUUGGAAUCAAGUUAAUCCAGGUUCCCGAAUCAUGGUGGGACUCUGACUCCACCUCCACCAACAUCCCAUCUCAACAACAACUCCUCACUCCUCAGUACUUCCUCUUCUCUUUAAUCUUUGUGCACUUUCCAUCCUUUUUUCAACUCCAUAAAUAUACAAUUACAUCUAACCCAGAUAAUACUUUAAUCCUACAAUUUUCUGAUCUCAUCACGUGGUUUCCUCAUCUACAAAACUUUAUUAUUCUAUUAAAAUCACUUCGACGAACAAACUGUAGAUCUUCUUCAUCACCCUUGUUUAUCUUCACUAUUUUUCCAGAUCCAAGUUUAACCCAACCCACCUACUUUUUUUUGUCUUUUAUAUUGCAAGCUUAUAUUUUUUAUUCAUCAUUGACCUUACAAUUUUUACCCACUUGCUCAAAACCCUAGAAAAAUCAUCAAUUUUUUUAGUACCCAGAUAAUUGCACAAAACCCUAAAUUGCAAGAUUUAAUUUUUAGAGAUGAAGGAUAAGAAAUCUUCGAAAUUGAAUCAUCAACAUCAGAAUGGUCACUCUGCUUCUUUUAAAUUGGGCAAAUUGUUUGAUUCUGAUGCUUCUUGGGAUAAGGAUCAAUUAGGAGAUGUUCUACAUUGGACUCGACAAGUGGUGGCGCUUGUGUGUGGAUUAAUUUGGGGUGCGAUUCCUUUGGUUGGUGGCAUAUGGCUCUUAUUAUUUUUGGCAAUUUCAACUGCAAUCGUUUAUGGGUACUAUGCGUUGAUAUUAAAGAUCGAUGAAGAAGAUUACGGGGGUCAUGGAACUCUCCUCCAGGAAGGGCUUUUUGCAUCAAUGACACUCUUUUUGCUUGCAUGGAUUGUAGUAUACAGCUUGGCGCACUUUUGAUUGGCUAGGUAGCAAGAACUAUUCUUGAUUGAUGAUGAGAUGAUCCAGUGAAGCUUGUGCCAAAGUUUUCAUUAAUCUACUGAGAACCAUUAGAUAAUUCCAUUAUUACAACUGUAUUUGUUCAAAGUUUGUACUUCUUUCUUAGUUAUAUGCCGAAGCACAAACAUAAUAGCCUUUGUGUUGAUAGCAAUGUUUUCUCUAGCUUUUUGAUCCAUGAAUUUUCUUUUGAUUUGACAAAUUUCGGCAUGCCUUCUUUGAGGAA